AUGGAUGGUAUAACGAUUCCACACCUGUUUGCUUUGCAGGCGGCGUAUUAUGGAGAUGCGGCGCUGCAUGCCUGGGUUGGCCUGCUGUCUGGGAUCACCUGCACAACGUACAUUCUGGUCUUCAGCGUCUUCUACACAGCCCACCACCCCGAUGCCAAAAUUGCCGUCACCCGGUCUGUGCUGUACUUCAUCUUCCCCGUCAUCGCCGCCGGCGCGGGGGUCAGCGCAUUCCGCAUGUGGUGGAUGCGGCGGCCGCUGCCGCACCUGCGGGAGGCGUACGAUGACAGCGCAGCGGUCAAAGAUCUGCGGGCUGUGUACCGCUUCAAGGACGUGGCGCAGGUCGAGAUGCUGAGCCGCGUGAUGCGCAAGUGGGACGAGGACGGCGUGCCUGACCAGGACGCUGUCGCAUUUGGGGAGUUCAUCGUCAAGUGCGGCAUGGCGCGCUUCCCCAACAACGCGACGCUGCUCAUCAACACCGCCAACAUACACAUCGUGGCGCGCCACGACGGCCAGGCGGCGCGCACCCAGCUGCAGCUGGCUGUGAAGACGUCGCCCUCCCUCAUACAGCGCUACUUCAUCUUUGCGACCCAGGACGUGACUAAGAAGUUAAAAGAUGAGAGUGGAGGCAUGGAUCUGAUGGGCUACAUUGAGUUCCAGCGCAAUUACCGCGCCUGCGUGCGCGCGCACAAGAUGGCGCUCAGCGCGCAGCGUGCCCUGUGGAUGGCCCUGCUGCACGACACCAUCCACUUCAAGAACCUGCAGAGGAGCUUCGCGGCCAUGAACAUGGCGGAGACGCGUGCUACCCAGGUGUACCGCAA